GCUCUUGUUAGUCGGUUCCUAUUGGAUGAUCAUGCAGAAAAUCUCGAAGAAAAUUUCUCACCAGAUUUUCCUGUGGAUAAUGAGGAAGUCGAUUUUCAACUUGGGCCGUCAAACGAAAAUUGUGAUUACACUUAUAGUCGUCUGAAAGACCUUGAUCCUGUGGCAGCUAACAGAAUUCACCCGAAUGAUCAAAGGAAGAUCAACCAAUACCUUAGCUUAUAUUCACGUCUGGGUGUACUUCCAAGCAAGCUUUUCCAAGAAGAUGCAAUGCAGGAUUGGGGCCGAGCUGAUAAUUUAAGAUACUACUGCUGUUUUAUAUGUUUGGAUGCAUCUCUACCGGAACUGGAUCAGUAUGUGAAUCGAAGAGUUGACCAAAUGGUGUCCACUGGUCUACUUGAAGAAGUUCGUGAUAUUUACAAUCUUGAUGCUGAUUAUACACGAGGGCUUAGGCAGGCGAUUGGUGUCCGGGAAUUUGAUGAGUUUUUAAGAUAUUGGAAUAGUGAAUGUCUACGACAGUCGUCUGAAUGUUUGGGAGUUUCUAAACACAAUAUGCUUCAGGUUUUGGAUUCCAGUAGUGAGGACCAAUUGAAGAUCACCUUGGUAGAAGCUAUUGAGAGAGUGAAAUUGAAUACGAGAAGACUUAUUCGUCGCCAA